AUGGUGAGACCGACCGGUUCAGUCAUAAACGCGAAUCCCACCGCAACAACAUUCGGCCUUCGGUGCCCAAGAAACCACGAGAAGAUCCACUGUGGCCAGAACUAUACCAACACCUUCGUGGUCGGGCCAUGGGCCAGUACAGUCGUUCCAGAAGGUCUACCUUCCACUGGAACGUUUCGAUGGCAUUGGGGGUCGGAGAGUGAGGAAUUGUCGUAUGAGUGUCUCAUGAGCUCUGGCAUACGUAAGACUUGUACUGGCCUUCAAGUAACACUAGGCAUUGCGAGAUCGCAUACAGAGAGGGAGUGGACGAGCCAUAGCUGGACUGUGACUGAGACGGAGGGCAUGCUGGAUACCGUUCAGUUGCCAAUCGUCCUCACCUCGGGCCUGGAGCAGCUGGGGACUGAUGUUCAAGCUACACCUACAGAGGACGCCAGUGAGGUCUCUGCCCCACGACGGAAAGCCGCGACUGAAACCUUCCCACCAGUCACUCCGACCUUGUUCAUUUACGACGCCGAAGAGUACAUGAUACACACUCCAACGGGUUCGGUUAUAAGCGUUAAUCCUACAGCGACGACCAUCGAAUUGGGAUGUCCCGUCCAAUCCGAUUGUCCAUUUGUAUACAGCAACACCUUUGUCGUCGGACCAUGGGCUAGUACUGUCGUUCCAGAAGGCUCAGCAUCGACAGGCACAUUUCACUUUUAUCUUGCUAAUAGCUACUGGGGGACAGCUCUGUCUGUGGAGUGUCUUAUGAGUAGCGGCAUGCCUCAGACAUGCACGAGCUUAGUCACAGAGAUGCAACCCAGGACUAGGAUGGAUGAAGAUAUUUACGGAGGCCCAGUCACUGAAACCGCGGCGAAUAUGUAUCCAGACAAGACGUUGGCAACGCGAUUUACGUACAUGUCAAUUGUAAUCACUGCUGGUCAGGAGCUACUUGGGAAAGCUACAGCAACUUCAACUGAUACAUCGUCACCGGAGGAAACGAAUGUGGCUGGAUCGAAUGCUGUUUGUGUUGCGGGCGUUGUGGCCAUGGCUUUGAUUGCUUCUCUUAUCAUGAACUAG